AUGGCCUCACAAGUCUUGGUCUAUCCACCAUAUGUUUAUCAAACCCAGUCAAGUGCCUUUUGUAGUGUGAAGAAACUCAAACUAGAACCAAGCAGUUGCGUGUACCACGAAAGAACCUACCCGCAAAUCUAUGUGAAUGGUAAAAACUUUGGAAUUUCUCCCCACAGGGUUAGUACGUACUUUCAGACUAAAAACCCAUUUGACAGACCUCGAGGACAGAACUUUUUGUUGCAGUCAAAUGCUGUUGCUUUAAAAAAUAUUGCAGGUGCUACAAAAGCGUUGGCGGCGCGGGCGCAGCAAGCUCAGUUAGAGGCACCUCGGAUUGGGACGCAAGGAAGCCGAUCAGAUAUCCUGGAAGGACCCCAGCGAUGUGGAUUGAAGCGUAAGAGUGAAGAGCUGGAUAAUCAAAACAGCACGAUGCAGAUUGUUGAUGAACUGUCCAUCCUGCCUGCAAUGUUGCAAACCAACGUAGGAAACACGGUGACGGUUGUGACAACGGCUGCAACUUCAAAACCGAGUGGUACGAGCGGAGAUGGAGAUUACCAGUUAGUACAGCAUGAGGUAUUGUGCUCUGUGAAAAACACUUACGAGGUUCUUGAUUUCCUUGGGCGAGGGACAUUUGGACAAGUAGUGAAGUGCUGGAAGAGGGGGACAAAUGAGAUUGUGGCAAUCAAAAUCUUGAAGAAUCAUCCUUCGUAUGCACGCCAAGGACAAAUAGAAGUGAGCAUAUUAGCGAGACUAAGUACUGAGAAUGCUGAUGAAUUUAACUUUGUGAGAGCCUAUGAAUGCUUCCAGCAUCGUAACCAUACUUGUCUGGUUUUUGAGAUGUUGGAACAGAAUUUAUACGAUUUCCUGAAACAAAACAAAUUCAGCCCUCUGCAACUGAAAGUAAUACGGCCGAUUCUGCAACAGGUGGCCACUGCACUGAAAAAACUAAAAAGUCUGGGUUUAAUCCAUGCUGACCUCAAACCAGAGAACAUUAUGUUGGUGGAUCCUGUUCGGCAGCCUUAUCGGGUUAAAGUAAUAGAUUUUGGGUCUGCCAGCCAUGUAUCAAAGACUAUUUGUUCAACCUAUUUACAAUCUCGGUAUUACAGAGCACCAGAGAUCAUACUGGGAUUGCCGUUUUGUGAAGCCAUAGACAUGUGGUCGUUAGGGUGUGUGAUUGCAGAGCUGUUUCUUGGAUGGCCACUGUACCCAGGAGCACUGGAAUAUGACCAGAUUCGUUACAUUUCACAGACUCAAGGUUUGCCAGGAGAGCAGUUGCUAAGCAUGGGAACGAAAACUGCAAGAUUUUUCUGUAGAGAAUCGGAUGCACCAUAUUCUAGUUGGAGAUUAAAGACAUUGGAAGAGCACGAGGCAGAGACGGGUAUGAAGUCUAAAGAGGCCCGAAAGUAUAUUUUCAACAGUUUGGAUGAUAUAGUGCACGUGAACAUGGUGAUGGAUUUGGAAGGAAGUGACCUGUUGGCAGAGAAGGCAGAUAGGAGGGAAUUUGUCAGUCUGCUGAAGAAAAUGUUGCUGAUCGAUGCUGAUUUAAGAAUCACUCCGGCCGAGACCCUCAACCAUUCUUUUGUUACCAUGAAGCACCUCCUCGAUUUUCCUCAUAGCAACCAAGUGAAGUCCUGUUUUCAUAUCAUGGAUAUUUGCAAGUGCAGAUCAAAUUCGUAUGACUUAAGUAAUCGCAAUAAAACGUCACUUAUGAGACCAGUUGCCUCAGGCAGCGCAGCUAAUCUGACUGCGAGCUUUACCAAAAUCGGUCCAGUAAGAAGUCAGGCAUUAACCGCAUCUGCCCAUUCAGUGUUGCACCAAGGGAUUCCACUGCAGGCAGGAACUGUCCCGUUUGGUUGCAGUGAUGUUUUCCAGCAGGCAUUGAUUAUAUGUCCUCCAGCUCUCCAAGGAAUUCCUACAAACCAUAGUAAACCCACCAGUUUCUCCCUGAGGGUGGAUAAUGCAGUUCCAUUGGUGACCCAAGCCCAUGCAAUUCAGCCACUACAGAUUCGAGCAGGAAUCCUUUCUCAGACGUGGUCGAAUCAGACCCAGCAAAUACUGGUUCCUGCAUGGCAGCAAGUAGGCCCCCCUGCCACAUCUCUGGCCUCUGAUCCUGUGGCCGGCCCACAGAGGCUUGGAGACUGGGGGAAGCUGAUUACCCAGGGCACCCAUUACAAUUCAGUGAUACCGCAGCCUCUUUUAACACAUCAGAUAACCUUGUCUGCCCCUCAGCCAAUUAGUGUGGGCAUCGCACACGUUGUCUGGCCUCAGCCUGCAGCUGCCAAGAGGAACAAACUGUGUCAGAACAGGAGCAAUGUGUUACAAAAUACCAAUAUCCAAAAUUCAGCCUUUAUAUCUCCAAAGAUACUUAACCUGAAGGCUGUAAAGAGAAUAAGUUGUAUAGAAGCACAGGACAAUCAUAACUCAGAAGGACAGGAAAGUAACUGUUGUGAAACAUCAGUCAGGCUGGACCCUGAUUCAUCUCUUUCAACCAAACAGCGCCAGGCUAUCUUCAUCGCCGGUUCCCCCAGCCCAGCGGUCAGCGUGAUCACCAUCAGCAGUGACACAGAUGAAGAUGACCUAGGACGAACGCAUUCACUGAGGGAGUGUAAAGGUAGCCUCGACUGUGAAGCGUGCCAGAACACCCUGAACAUUGACCGCGUGUGUUCUCUCAGCAGUCCUGAUAGCACCCUGAGUACUAGCUCCUCGGGACAGUCUAGUCCAUCUCCUUGCAAGAGAUCCAACAGUAUGUCAGAUGACGAACAGGAAAGUGGGUGUGAUACGGUGGAUGGUUCCCCAACUUCAGACUCUUCAGGACAUGACAGCCCAUUUGUAGAAAAUGGCUUUGUAGCCAAUACCAAUAAAAAUAAGGAAGCAAGAGCAUCGGUUAAUCCUGAAACCGAAUCAGCUGUUUGCACGGUAGUGGUACCACCAAUGAGGCUUGAAAACAGGUUACAUCUUGAUGAACAGAUGGUGAAUACAGAUGCUACGUGCCAGCCACUGAAAAAGGGUCGGCCUGUCCUGGGAAGAAUAAACCAGUCUUCUACUGCAGGAAACCGUCAGCAGAAGCUGACAUCAGCAUUCCAUCAGCAACAUGCAAACUACAGUCAGGUUCAGCACUUUGGAUCUGGGCCGCAGGAAUGGAAUGGAAACUAUGCUCAUCGGAGGCAGCAGGCUUACAUCCCAGCCAGCGUUGCCGGUCACGCUUUCUCCCUUCCACAGGGAAGUCCAAAUCACGCUACUGUGCACGCGCAUCUCUCCGGAAGUGCCCACCUUGGAGGACAGCCUGCUAUUCUUCCGUACCCGUCGUCGGCACCCCUUAGUACUGCUGCACCCGUUGCCCACCUCCUUGCCACGCCCUGUACCUCAAGACCCUUGUUACAACAUCCGACGUACAAUAUAUCUCAUCCCAGUGGUAUAGUUCACCAAGUUCCAGUUGGCAUAAAUCCCCGUCUCUUACCUUCCCCAACCAUUCAUCAGACUCAAUACAAACCAGUUUUCCCCCCACAUUCGUACAUUGCAGCAUCACCUGCUUACACAGGAUUUCCAUUGAGUCCAACAAAACUCAGCCAGUAUCCAUUUAUGUGAGAACUCAAAAGCAGUAUGUUGGGGAGGCUCAAUGAUACGGAAGUUUGAGUUAAGAAGAAACAUGGUAUUUAUUAGCCAUGGCACAACAGGAAAAUUAUUUUUUUGAAUCAUGUAGACUUGGGUGCAAUUUAAACAACUCUGAGCUUUAAAAAAACUCACUUUUAAUGUGUUUUGCACAUUUGGUAUAACUUGUCUUUGGUCAUGUUAUCUUCUUAUAUAGUAACUUUAGACAGGUGACUUACGGGGGCAGAAAUCUGGUUUUGCUCCUGCUAUUUUUUAUAAAAUUGCCUUCUAACUAGUGCAAGACACGUCUACAUUUGGGAAGCCAUUCAGUGUACAGAUCUAGAGCAACAGAUGCACAUGCGUCAGCAGUACAGUGUAGAAGUAACUUGUUUGUAUUGCGUAUCUUGGUGUUUAAAUGUUGAGUCACUUACCUAAAAGUUGAGCUGUUCUUCACAUUGCAUGUGUCUUUUGCAUGGGCAAAAAAGAAAAAAAGGAAAAGCCUAAACAUUGCUCUUAAAUGUUGUUGUCCUAAUAAUCUCAGCUGCAUUGUAAACUGUUCCCACACAUAGUGCCUUAAAUAUUUGAGGUUGUUAAUGUUAUUACUUAUAUAUAAAUGUUGAGGACUGCAGCACUUAAAAAUGCAGAUCUGCUGAUUUUUUGAUAGCGUAAUGCUCAUUUUGGGUUUUGUGUGGUAUGAUUUUAGUAUUGGGUGUGUUUUCCUUUCCGAGAAGGCAGCAUGUUUUGCUGCGGCUGAAUUUUGCUGUCUUCUUUUCCCCCAGAAUGAUCUAGCUUCAAGACAAGACUUUAGUAGUGCUUGAGAAAAGUUGAUUCAGUAGCUGUUGAGUAGUGACACACAGCACAGUACUUCAUACUGGUAAAUGGAACUGCAAUACAGCCUAAGUAGUUUAUUUUCAAAGUGUUUGUCUAAUUGGAGAUAAUAAAAUGUUUAGGGGUGCGGUAGGCAUGACUGACUAACUAAUGAAAGAAGAAGCCAAGUGCUCAUUGGUCCAUGAUGUGGUUUCAUCUUCGCUUGAUCAAACCAUGCAGUAUUUAAUAUAACUAGUAGCAGAAUAUUUACUAUUGAAGCUUGAAAAGAUGUGAGUUCUUUGUGUGCAAUCUUUCAUUUAUGCAUGGGAGAGAUUUUAGUCUUUUUACAUGAUAGUGUUUGUUUUAGCCUGUUGCGGGUGUUUGCUUAUUUAAUACAUUCCGUCAGGGACGUAAAUUACGUGCUUUCUGCAUUUUUUUUUUUCCUUAGGAAGCGUGUUUUUGUUUGGUUGGGGUUUUUUUAAUUUUUUCUUUUGUUCAAAUGAAGUUGCUUUUGCAGCACCAAAGACUUAAUCAUCCAUUUCCUAUAAAAGGUAGCUACUUUUUCAUAGACCUCAAGUAUACUGUAGUGUAGAGAUGGGAUUUACGGAAGGUAUUAAGCUGAGGCUGUGUUUUAGCUUAUGGGCAAGUAAUAAAUCGUAUCAUUUAUCUUGAAUGUAUCAUAGAUAAGCUGCUAUAUAAUGAUUGCCACUUCAGAUAGCUGUGAAAUUAGGUGAUUAACUAGUUCUUUCUUAGCCUUCUGAUUUUUGUACAAGUCUAAUUACAUGAAAUAGAAGCCGGGUUUUGGGUUUGGUUUUUUAUUUUAUUUUUUAUUUUGUUUUCAUGUUUGAAGUGUUGUAACUACUAUACUGUAAAUGAUGGAAGAUGAUUGCGUAUGUUUUUUUGGGGUGUGUUAUUUGCAUCAGUAUUUUAUCUCCAUUAACUUUGAGCUCAUCACUGCAUAUAAGUGGAUGUAUUGAUGUAACUUAAUUUUUUUAUGUUUUCAUAUUGGCAUUGUGUAGACACUUAAGAAGCUGCAUCUUGCAGGCUUGACUUAACUUUUUUUUAAAACAAAAUCUGGAAUACAAUCCUUGCAAUGUUGACUGGAAUAAGAGUGCAAAGCAUUUGAGUUUAACUCUGUCAAUAAGCUAAUAACUGGUAAUCCUUUAAUUUACUCCACUAACACAAGCAGUGUUUUAUUUAAUGAAUGUCUGAAUGAAAGAAAUAAAUGUGCCUACAUUUGAUUUAUUUUUAAGUAAUAACUAAAAUACUACAGUAUUAGAUCAUAAAAAAAUAAUAAAUAUACCAGCAGUACAUUUUUAAUCACACUGAAAAUUAAGAAACCUAACUUUUCCCGAAAGUUUCGGUGUUUUUAGUAAUCAACUCUAUGCAUUUUGUACAAGUGUGUGUAUAUAAAGUAUACAUUAGAACUAGGAGUAGCCUGAUGAAUCUGAAACCUUAUCAACGCAUAUGAUAAAGCCUAAAUAUAGGGAGUCAAGAAAAUGCUCAAAUUGGAUAUCCACCUUGCCACCUCAAACUCGUGCUAUAUGGUCCAGCCGUU